UAAAAAACCAAGAAUUCGAAGACAAUUUCGAAACGUUUAGCAGCACUGCAUGUUUACAAAAAUAAUAGAAAACAUUAAUCCAGCACGCACUUUAAAAUGAUCUUUAAGAGACUUUUGAAGCUUCCAGUGAUAGUGAAUCGUUUGUAUAGGAGAAAUUACUACUCAGACAAUAUAAAGAAGCUGUAUUUUGAUAAAAUCAACACUUAUAUUAGUCAAAUUAAUAAAAAUGAAAAUGACGAUGAAGGCAGUAAAAUAUUUAAUAAUCUUAUGAAUGACUACAAUUUUGUAUCAAAUAGUAUUGCUGAAAUAGAGAAAGAGACAAGUCCAGAGAAUAAGGUAGACGAGGAAAUGAUGACAUUAAUGAACGAGGAAAAAAUUAAACUUGAAAAUGAAAAGAGCGAAAUAAUUGACAAAAUUUUUAACGAAAUCUACGAAUAUGAGCAGUCAAAAGAUAGUGAGAGGAUAUCAGGAAACAGUGACUGUAUAUUUGAAAUAUCUGCUGGCGUGGGAGGUAAAGAGGCAAUGCUCUUUGCCGACGAAUUGUGUACAAUGUACAAUAAUUAUUUUAACUACAAAAACUGGGAACUGGAUUCUGUUGAUACAGACAGAAGCGAUGGAGUGUAUUUAAGGCAUUACAAGGCAACAGUAAAAGGUCAUUUCGUAUGGGAUCAUUUAAGAUAUGAAAUUGGAGUUCAUCGAGUUCAACGAAUACCUAAAACGGAAUCAAAAGGAAGAAUUCAUACAUCCACUGUAACAUUAGCAUGUAUACCAAUUACACAUAGACAUUCAGUGGAAAUAAAUGACAAGGACCUUAAAAUUGAUACAAAGCGAGCAUCAGGUGCUGGAGGUCAGCAUGUGAACACUACUGAAAGUGCUGUAAGAAUUACUCAUUUACCAUCAUCGAUCCAAGUCGAGUGUCAAGAAGAUCGUUCACAGAUUAAAAAUCGUGAAAUAGCAAUGAGGAAAUUGAGAGAGAUUUUAGUGGAUAGACAGAUCAAAGAGACUUUCGACAAGUACCUUAAAACAAGAAAAAGUCAAGUUGGUCAUGCAAAUAGAAAUGAGAAAAUUCGUACAUAUAAUUUCAAUCAGGAUCGAUUGACUGAUCAUCGACUAAGUUCUCAGAAUGAGUCUAAAGGUACAAUUUUCAACUUGGAAAGUUUCUUUCAAAAUCCUGAACGUCUUGAUGAUUUCAUCGAGAUAUUAAGGCGAGCGGAUAGAGAACGUGAACUUUUGUCCAUUCUCGAGAAGCUAUGAGUGAAAGAAUGAUGUGAUGUAUUUUUUAGUUCCAAUCAAUAAAAGUUCAAUGUCAU